AUGUAUACAAAAUCUCGGUCGUUGUGUAAUGAUCUGAAUUAUAAAACACAAGGGAAUUUUACAGGCCGUGAAGAAAGCCUUACAAUGAAUAAUUCCAAAAUAUCUUUAUGGAAACGAAUUUAUCUUUGGAUCAUCACAUUUGAAGGUGGCAAUGAAUAUGAAGAAGACACAACCAAGAAUUAUCAUAGUAUACCAUUACGAACCAAUUACAUGUUUUUCCUAGGAGGUCGGUUCCGUACAGUGAAACGAUCUCGUCAUUACUCGAUCAUCGUGUUUGCAAUAAUGGUUGUGCCUGGUGUAUUAUUUUCUGUAUUCGAAUGCAGUAAUUUAUGGCAUACACAUCAUGGAUAUAAGGCUCUAGUGUUUUUCUUUUAUUAUUUCUGGGCCAUGUGUAUUUUUUUCUUCAUUAAAGUGUCUACUAAUGAUGCCGGAGUUUUACCGCGUAAUAUCCAUAUAGGUAAGAUCAUGGAAAAUAACAAUAAAGAGACCAUAAUAAUACCUGAUGAAUAUACAAAUACGAUCCGUUUACCCGUGGCUAACAAAAACCAUAGUAUUGAAUUGAAAUAUUGUUCCACUUGCCACAUAUGGCGACCACCUAGAGCAUCUCAUUGUUCCAUCUGCCAAGCAUGCAUCGAUGUUCAUGAUCAUCAUUGUAUAUGGAUCAACAAUUGCGUAGGGAAUCGAAAUUAUCGAUAUUUCAUCAUAUUCCUUGUAGGAGCCAUCCUAUCAAGUAUAUUUAUCAUUAUCAAUUGUAGUAUCCAUGUAGCAAGAAUCCGAAGAGCCUCUAACGCACCUGUUGCCAUCUUAUUAAUAGUUUACGGAUGUCUAACCAUAAUAUACCCUGGUAUACUUUUAGGCUAUCAUAUUGCUCUCACAGGAACAGGGCAAACAACACGUGAGUUCCUCCAUACUUUACAUGGCAUUAAGAACCCGAUGCUGUCACGUGUCACCAGGGCACGUGACAACGCGUUUGAUUCUGGAUCCUUUUUCCAUAAUAUGAUUUUCUUAAUGGCUCAACGCCAAGCACCAAGUUUCUUACCGUCCCGCGGAACACAUUCACGGGACGACUGGCGAUUCCGAUAA